UUCACAGGUAUCAUUACAACUGGCAGCACCUUAGCAGAGUACCAUUAUUAUGUCUCUGCUUAUAGGAUUUUGUAUAGCAAUGAAGGACAGAAGUGGACAAUAUACAGAGAACCUGGGGUUGAGAGAGAUAAGGUAUUUCAAGGCAACACAGGAUAUUAUCAGGAAGUUCGCAAUAAUUUCAUUCCACCCAUUAUUGCUCGCUUUGUUAGAAUAAACCCUUUGAAAUGGCAUCAAAAAAUUGCAAUGAAAGUAGAAUUGCUGGGAUGUCAAUUUAAUAUUGUACGGGCUCCAAGACCAUCAUUACCUCCACCACCCAGGAGCAACAAUGACUUUUCUUUGCAGAUUGAUAAAACAACCUUCACCCCUGAGGUCAAGAACACUAUGUUAACCUCAAGUGUAACCAAAGUUCGGGCUCCAAAAGCAACAUUACCUCCACCACCCAGGAACAGCAAUGACUUUCCAUUGCAGACUGGUAAAACAACCUUUGCUCCUAAGGUCAAGAAUACUACAGUAACACCAAGUGUAACUAAAGAUGUAGCAUUGAUAGCUGUUCUAGUACCUGUGUUGGUCAUGGUUUUUACCACCCUCAUCUUGAUCAUAGUUUGCUCCUGGCACUGGAGAAACAGAAAAAGAAAGUCAGAAGGAACAUAUGAUGUGCCUUAUUGGGAUCGUGCAGGCUGGUGGAAAGGAAUGAAGCAAUUCUUUCCUGCUAAAUCUGCAGACCGUGAAGAAUCAUCUGUUCAUUAUAACAGCAGUGAAAUUAAUUGCCUUAGAUCAAGAGAAGUUACUACUGUGCUACAAAGUCAAUCUGCAGAGUAUGCGCAACCACUUGUGGGAGGAAUUGUUGGCACACUUCAUCAGAAGUCAACUUUUAAAUGUGAAGAAGGAAAAGAAGCAAGUUAUGCUGAUACGGAUCCUUAUAACACCUCAGAACAAGAAAUAUAUCAUGCUUACGCUGAACCGCUCCCAGUUACUGGACCAGAAUAUGCAAUACCAAUCGUGAUGGAUAUGUCAGGUCACCCUGCAGCUCCUCCAGGCGUUGCUUCUGUAUCUACCUUCAAAGCUUCAGGGAAUCAAGCUCCUCCAUUAGUGGGGGUUUAUAAUAAACUUCUUUCCAGGGCAGAUAGUUCAUCAUCACCCACACAUAUGCUCUACGAUACACCUAAGGGGAUGCCAGGACUGAGCCUUCCAAAUGAAUUGGUAUACCAGGUACCACAGAAUAUGCCACACUCCACAGAAAAUAAAGAAGAUAUUAGUUAAAGAGUUUUCUACAAAUUAAAUCCUUAGAGAAAAAGAUCAGACUUUUUUGUGUUGAAGAAAAGUGUGAGACUGUAGGCCCAGAACAAUGUGUGUACUGCUCUUUUGAGGGCCAAUAUACAACUACUGCUUUCUUGUAUAUAGAAUGAAAAGCUUGUCAUUCACUACUGAUGGGCACUACAUUCCCUGUUAGGCAUGAAAAGUUUAAUCUCUGCCUAAUUGGUUAGUGUGAAUACAUACGUCAUUAAGACACAUCAGUAAUCAUUAGAUACUCCAUAUGGCUGGUGUGCCUUGGAAAAGAAAGACACUGUUUCUUACUCUUUGAAGUCACUGACACUACUAACAGUCUGAUAAUUCACAAUUCAUAAGGCUACGCAUAGUACUGUAAAAGUAAGCUGAACAAAACACAAACUCUCAUUUUUUAGCAAGUAUUUAUACAAAACUAAAAUUGACCUCUGCAAUGAAUAAACAUUUCAUUUCUGUAAAGAAAUUAGUUAGUAAGCUAGAGAUACCAGAAAUACCAUACACUGCUAAUCACUCUUUGCUGGUCAUUGAAGAGGAUACUUUCAUUUAAAUACUGUUCUCCUUUUCAUAUGAAAUACUGUAGUGUCCAUUUACCGGAGGUAGAUUCCCUGAAGCUGGAAUUUACAUUAGAACUUUCUAUUUCUUUCUCAAAGACAUUGGUUUUCUUGCUUUUCUAGUGAACGACAGGUUUCAGAUUUGGUCCACUUAUGUAUUCACUAGGUAGCUUUCUUUUUCAACCUCAGGUUUCCCAUGUACAACAUGGGCAUGAAAAUGGAUCUACAUUGCAGGGCUAUUGUAGGAAGGUGUGUUAGGUGAUUUAAGGUACCCAAAGUGUGAUAUAAAUGUUAAGUGUUAUAUUAAUAUUAAAGGAUGUUGUACUGAGGAUUUCUUAGCUGCAAAUAUAAUCUUUUCAGCUAAGAAAUGAGAAUAAUAGGAAAUAACCACCUACCCAUCCUAUUGUGGCUUCGUCCCACAGUAGUAAACUGGGCAUUGAAGCUGAACUUUUUUAUAUAGAAAGGUAUAAGCACACAAACAUAUUGUGCAUGCAUCUGCAGAUACAGGUCAGGAUUUUCAUAUAUUUAUAACUGCACAGCUUAUUCUUCCAAAUGUUUUUAGAUAUUUUUAUGCCUUAAGAAAAACAUCUUGGUAGCUUUUACAUUAUGAAAUCUGCUGUUGAUUAGAUUAAAAUGUGGCAAAAACUUUAAAAACAAAUUGCUGCUUGAUGUAGGCUGAGAUUUAAAUUAUUGUUAAUGAGCUGAACAUUUUGGAAGUUCAGAAUUAUGUGUUUAGCUUAGAAUUAAAGGUACUUCAUCUUCUAGUAAUUUUCUUUCCCAAAAUGUACAUAUUUGAACCAAUUAGUGAUUUUAUGCACAAUGAAAAGUAUUGAACACAAAGCUAUAUAAUGUUGCAAAUUCAUUCCCCAUUUUACCAUGUUAAAUGUGUAUCAAGAAAGCACAUGAAAAAGUGCUGUUUUAUAUUGUAUUUAUGAGCACUGUAGUGAUGACAAAAUGGAAUAUUCCUUAGUAUGCAACAGCCCAGUUUUAUGGACUUUUAAAUGUUUUAUGAAUGUGUAAGUCAAAAGACCAUUGUGUACAGUGUUGCUGAAUACACAAUAUCUAAACCUAGCUCAAUGGUAAAUUUAAUCAUGACAAUCACAACUGUGUAAUAUAGAAAUGAUUCCUUAACCCAAUGUUUAAUUUCAAUUGCACAGAAAUUUGCUCUUGUGCCUUGCUCCAUUCCUGUUGUUUUUAUUUAUAAAAAUGAUAUAUAACUUAUUUUUAUUCUGUAACUAUGGUACUCUAAGGUUGAAUGUGUGUCCAAAAAAAUUGAGAACAAGUGUAUAUGUAAACCUUAUACUACCACGUAUUCUUUGAAUUCUUCCUUUGAAGAACCCUUCCAACUCAUGUGAGUAAAUACCUGCCAGAAUGGACUGAAGAAGUUUGUGUGAAUAUACUAAGCUCUGUUCAUAGACUUACUUGCCAUUUUAUACCAAAUCAUAUUUGAAAGAUAUGGGUAUAGCAUAUGGUUAUAACAGAAUCAGAGUUCCUGAUAGCAUAUAAUUGUUUCUUUCUGUAACCAAAACACAUUUCUAGCAGGAAAACACAAGUAAAGUAACUCAAAGAUUUAAAUGAUUAUGACUGUUUUGCAAUGAUAACUUUUCUAUUUCUAUUCUUAGUUUAAGAUUGGAAGUGGAACCUAAAUUCUUCAAACUGAAUUGUGCAGGUGCAUUUAAUGAUGCAGAUCAAAUGGGAUGUUUUGAUAUUUCAUUCUAAUUAUACUUAUUGUAUGUAUUUAUUAACAGUAUUGAUAAAUUAGCAUUAAAAGUUAUGUACUUGGUUAAACUACCUAAAAUGUCAAACAGUAUCAAGUUAUAUCAUGAAAUGAGAAAAACCAUACCAGGUAGCUUCCCAGUUCCUAGUGAAAUAAAAGAACGUAGGCUUGAUAGAUAGUACCGAGUCUUCCCCUGAAAGUGUUUUCUGCCCAGACUGUAGACCUACCCUAGCUUUAUAUUUUUUUAAAAAGUAUUUUUAAUCUAAGCCAGUUAAGGUGGCUAUAUGUGUGUAUAUCACGCCAAAACCUACAAUUCUGCAUAUGUGAGGUUUCCCAUAAAGUUGAUGCUACAAAAAUCACAAUUUAAUUCAACUCUAUGGCUGCUUUUCCAGUUUCUUACUGGAAUUAUACACACAUUUAUGCAAAGUAUCUAUUUGGAAGUAUGACAUGUAUUCAGGCCAUUAGCCUUAGUAUGUUUAAAUGUACAAUCAAGCAGACCUUCACUUUUAUGUUCAUGAAAGCUUGUCACAUCAAAUAUUACAACACUAUAAAAGGAGCUACAUGGGGAAUUGAAAGGUAUCAAUACAAGACAGAUGAAAACAGCUGUCUUAAUUUACAGCACUACAUUUUAAGCACUAAUGCUAAGUCCUGAAUAUUAAGACACACGGUGCAUACAACCAUCUUCCAAAAUUCUUAUAUCUUUUUGUUUGUUUUUUAAUUUGCCCCAAGUUGUGUCUUCUAAAUGAAUUCUAGAUGUGCAGAGUGGUCUUUGCUAUAAUGCAAGCAAGAAUGAGUGCACAGUGAUGGGUGGUUAUUUUCUUAGAAUGUAUUUUCUUACCUCAGCAUGUUCUAUACUGUAAUCACUCUGUUUUUGUAUAUGUUGCUAGAAUUUAGAUAAUAUCUAUAGCAAUUUUUAUGUAAGUUAAAAACUUUUAAAAUAAAAUGCACA